UUGGUGGGGAAUUGGAAUGUGAAGGUGUUGUGACAAGGAAGGGUAUUAAGUUAGUUGUGGAUGUUGUCAUGAUUAAAAGAGGCAUGGAAGAAGAGUCAAGCCUGGGUCAGGUACUGGUCUUCGAUAAGUGGCAAA